AUGCUAACGUGCUGCCUCAUGUUGACCAUGAUAACUAUGAUGGUAUUGGGUAUCGGAAUUGGGUUUCACUAUUGUUUUGUCCAAAAUUCAGUGGAGGCUAUGGAAAAGGCUGCGUCCGCUGCCGGCGCCCUAGCCGGCCGAAGGAGCAUGCCAAACAAACCUGUAAUGCGGUCAGUUGACAAAGCAGUGCAGAGGGGUUUCGCCCACCGUUUGUCCCGGAGAGAAGCAGACACUCCGCCCAUAUCAAACAACCUAACAGCAGUCAACUCUUCAUAUGCCCUGGACACAAAUUUAACAAGAACGAACAUAUCCUUGUCUUUAAACACGAACUUUACCAGUACGAACGCCACUUCGAAUUUGUAA